AUGGCUACCAUGGAAAGAGCAAACACUAGUCGAAGGAAGAACAGAACAACAAUGAUGCUCGAUGACAGUUUAGUAUCUGUGGAAUCGUGGUCGGACUAUGAGCUGGACGACUCAAAUGUAACCCUGCAAAUGAGCAAUCGGCGCCCUCUUGGGCGUAGCCCAAGUGAAACAGAUCUGCCUUCCUCUCGAAGGAUCGACAGAGCGAAUCGAAUGCAGGAGGCGUCUCGUUGGGAAAGCUUUCCGUCCCUUCGUAGGGGUAUGUUAUCAGCUCCACCAAGGCGAGCCAUGUCGCCAAGUCCACCUUUGGAGGGGAAGAAGGAUGCAACGAGGAAUGAUGACAAGUGUGGUGCCCCCCGCGUGCCCCAGCGCACUUCGAGCGAUAUGGAUACCCCAGCUACGAAGACAAGGAAACAAGUGAGCUUCAGUCCAAGCAGCCAUGGUGGUGAGAUGCUAGCGGCGCCCGGGAUGCGCCCUGAUUCUGAUGCGCUGACAAAGGCGAAGUUUUCGUACCGGUCAAGAUCCAAUACGAGCUCUCAUCAGCAUUCAUUGAAACUUCCCACCCGACAGCCAAGCUUUCAAACAUAA